CCUUCUGCGCCUUUUGGAUAGCUACCUUUUCGUGCGCGCCAGCCCGUCCGGAUCCCACACAUGUCAUCUUCAGUCCGGUCCAGCAGAAAGCUGCUCUGCAUGUGAAUAUGCCUGGCUCAUGGGGCUCACGGUAGCGUUCAUCCAGGGGCCAAACGCAGCGGGAUCUCCAGCUGAACGGGAGCCGAUUCUCUGCGCGUCUCUGCGUAAUGGAUUUAUUGCUGCUGCUGUAAAAAGUUGGAUUUGGUGAAGAAACCCGUGGCUCCGUGGACAAUGAGCAGAGCAGGAAGGCGUUUCUAGGAAGGAUUCACACACUGAGUGGAGAUGCACAGAGCGUGGAUACUCUUCUUUCUAAUAGAAGAAGGUUUGGCUCUGGCACAGAGAACUAAAGAUUCCCUGAGCGAGUCUGGCAUCCAGAGCACUAAUAACCAAAACGACUGCGGCACAUGGGUGCGCAACAUCAAUGGCGGGGUGUUCAUGUCACCCAACUACCCCAACACCUACCCACCCAACAAGGAGUGUGUUUACAUCCUGGAAGCUCUCCCCAGACAAAGGAUCCAGCUGGCUUUUGAUAAGAAUUACUACAUCGAGCCAUCGUUCGAGUGUCGCUUUGAUCACAUCGAAAUACGCGAUGGGCCGUUUGGGUUCUCGCCGCUCAUCGAUCGCUUCUGCGGAGGGAAAAAUCCCGGUCUUGUUACCUCCACGGGACGCUUCAUGUGGAUCAAGUUCACCAGCGACGAGGAGCUGGAAGGCCUCGGCUUCCGCAUUAAGUACACCUUUGUUGCAGAUCCUGAUUUCCAUCUGCACGUGGGUGGGCUGCUAAACCCAAUCCCAGACUGCCAGUUUGAAGUUGGAGGAUGGGAUGGGAUUAUUCGCUCCAGUCAGGUGGAAGAGGAAGACCGAGUGAAGCCUGGUGAUGCUCUGGACUGCAUCUGGACCAUCAAGGCUCCGCCUAAGUCUAAGAUCUACCUGCGCUUCAUAGACUACCAGAUGGAGCACUCCAACGAGUGCAAGAAGAACUUUGUGGCUGUGUACGACGGCAGCAGUGCCAUUGAGAACCUUAAGGCCAAGUUCUGCAGCACGGUAGCCAACGACUUGAUGCUGGAUAAUGGAGUGGGGGUCGUGCGAAUGUGGGCAGAUGAGAAAAGCCGGCUCAGUCGCUUCCGCAUGCUCUUCACCUCUUACGUUGAUCCUCCUUGUACAGCCAGCACAUUCUUCUGCCACAGCAACAUGUGCAUUAACAACUCCCUGGUGUGCAAUGGGAUUCAAAACUGUGUCUAUCCGUGGGAUGAAAACCACUGCAAAGAGACACAAUCUAAGGGGCUUUUCCACCAGAUCACUAAGACCCACGGGACUGUUAUUGGAGUUUCAUCAGGCAUAGUUCUUGUUCUUCUUAUCAUUUCCAUCCUGGUCCAGAUGAAGCAGCCAAGAAAGAAGGUUGUGGCUCGGCGGCCUGGUGUCUUCAACAAGGCUGGGUUCCAGGAGGUCUUUGACCCACCCCAUUACGAGCUCUUUUCUCUCCGUGACAAGGAGAUGUCCUCAGACUUAGCUGACCUCUCUGAAGAGUUGGACAGCUUCCACAAGCUGCGGCGCUCCUCCACCAUGUCCCGCUGUGUCCACGAGCACCACUGUGGUUCACAGGCCUCUGUGGCAACUGGAGGUGGCAGCAUGAAGCACAGCCGAACCACCCUGAGCUCCAUGGAGCUGUCCUACCACAACGACUUCUCCAAGCCCCCUCCUAUGAAGACCUUCAACUCGACCUCCGCCUACAAGAAGAGCUGCUAUGGCUACAAGCAGCAUGCACAGACUCAUGACUGCGACCAGCAGGUCAUUGAGGACCGCGUCGCAGAGGAGAUCCCGUGUGAGAUUUAUGGGCGUGGUGCUGUGGGAAUAGUAGGAGGAGCAACGGGUGGAGGCGCAAUGGGAGGAGGAUGUGCAUCCGGGAUUGCCGGAGGAGGGAUCGGAGGAGCAGUGGGGAUUACAGGAGGAGUGUCCAUGGGUGGGGGGAUGGGCAUUACAGGAGGAGUUAGUAUGGCAGGGCCCAGUGGCAUCGCUGGAGGUAUUGGAGGUGGGAUGGCGGGAGCCUGUGGAACCCUCAGCAUCCGCGGCACCAGUGCUCGCAACAGCGCCACCAUAGUCGACCCACAGCAGCGCUCCAUAUCCAUGGACUUCUGAAUAAACAGGAAGAGAGGACAUGUGAGCCGACCUGGCAUUUCACCACACCGAACAAGGGCCACCCCUGCUUCCUUUCAUACCACUAGUUCUGUUUGCGGUGUUCUGGGUCGACACUCGAAGACCUCACUAAUGCUCGCGUGGAAGCUGUGGACAAACUAAACUGACAUGUACAAAAGCAGAGAAGAAGAUCAGUGACUAUCUCUGUGAAACUGAGCUUUAGGGUGAAGGACUGGUGCAGACGUCGUUCCUCUCUGCUGGUCUGGAACUCUCAUUUCAUCAGAGACAUGCUGGAGAAUGUUCUCACGCGUAGAACCACAUGACGGUCUAGACAAGUCAGAAUACAUAGCUGCAGAGGGAGUUUUACAUUUAUUUACCUGCCACGCACAAAUAUACGAAAUAUGACCUAGAGUGCAUCUUCUAAUAAUUUAUUUGGGUCUUUUCCCGUCAGUGUCCUGUACUAUUAAAACCAGUAUAUAUCCAGCCUCGUGGUGAUGCUUGGCUUUUAACUCUUUAGGUUUUUUAAAUGAUUAUUUUGGCUGAAAUGAUUUAUGAAGGUAGCAUAACAAUGACACGUGUUGAUGAGAAAGACAAGGAAGUUGGUUUUUUUUAAAACUGGUAAGUGAAAUGCAUUAAUAAUGAUGAUGUGCUAGUAAUAAAACUGUAGUUUUCAUGGUUACCUCACUCAAACAGGAGACACACUUCACUCUCUCCUCAGGAUGAGCACACACAGAGACUCUUAUUUUGCUAAAGGAAAUUUAAAAAUAAAGCUUCUCUGUUAGUUUUGUAAUGUCUGAGGACUCGGGUCAUGUGUGGAACAUGAAGAGUUUGGUUUUCAGACCUGGACUAAACAGAGACAGCAGCCAUCCCACUCCCAACCUCAACACCCUGAAGAGGAGGAAAUGUCAUUUUUCUACUUCCCUUCGACCCGAGUGUGUAAUACAAGCACAACCUGUUUCCCAAAGUGACACAUGUAGCCUGUAUUAGACUCCUUUAUGUUUUUAACCACUGGUUGUAUAAUUUCAGUCUGUUUAAUUAAAAAAGUGCUUACUCACA